GAAGGGAUAAAACUGAAAUUUUAGAAAUUUCGCGGGCGAGGAGGCGGCGUUUUUAUAGAUCCUGCUUCAGAACUCACUGCGACGGUGACAAUGCAGCCAAUGGAAAGGUCAGAAAUCGGAACCCUAGAAAAAAUUCCGAUUUGGCCAACGAACCCCUCAACGGUUAACCGCCGAAGAAGGCCGCUCAGGAGCCGGACUGUCGAUACACUUCUUCAUAUCCUGUCCGUUUGCUAUGCCGAUUCUUCUCAUAUCACUCAAAAUUCAGAUAAGGAUGACACUCAUAUAGAAUCAGUCACAAAAGAUGAUGUUCUCUUCACUUGCACAAAUAUCACAACUAAUGAUUCAGAACAUCAAGAAGAAACAAAUGUAGAUGAAACCAGAGUGAUUUUAGGUACCCAAGAAGAAAGUUUAUGUAAUACUAAUUUACUUGUGGAACCCAUUGAACAAGAUCAUAACAUAUCAGAAGAAAGUUUGGAUCUUUCUUCUCUUCAUUUAGACACAAAUAAAGAUGUUGAAGAAGGAGAAAUUUCAGGAGAGUUUACAAAUUUGGUCCCUGAAGAUAAUGAUGUGGAAUCUGUGGACAAAACAGGGUCAGAAGAACAUGAAGAUUUCACUGGUAUCAAUUCAGGAUUUGAGAAAAAUAACAGUUUGACUUUGACCCCCUUAUCUAUUAACAAAGCUGAUGAUAUUGGUAAAGAUACGACAGUUGUAAUAAGUAAAACCAAAAGAAAUUUGGUGGAUUAUUCUGAAAUAGCUCUUCAUGGAAAAUCCACAGUGUCUGCAAAUAACUUAAUAAAUAAUGCAACCAAGAAUCAAGAUUUUGGAUUCCCAAUUAAGGAUAAGUGUGCCCAAAAUAAUAAAAAGAGACAGAGAUCUUGCACUGAUGAAAAAAGAACAAACAAAAAGGCAAAAAAGUCUGUUGACCAGUCAACAUUUCCGGAAGGUUUAACAAAAACUGGUGAAAACCCUGAGGAUGCUUCUGCAAACAAGGAUGCUGAUACUAAGAAGAAAGAGAAGCGGGUUUUGACUGCAGAAAGAAAAGCAAAGAAAAAGCGAAAAGAAAAAAUCAAACGUGCAGAAAAGAACAGGAAGCUUGGUGUCAAAAGGCUGAAACUUCAACCAGUAAUAAAAGAGAAGAAAAUUAUAUAUUGUCGUCAUUAUAUAAAUGGAAGAUGCCAUGAGGGUGAGAAUUGUAAAUUCUCUCACGAUACAACCCCCUUGACAAAAUCCAAGCCAUGUUGUCAUUUUGCACGCCAUUCUUGUAUGAAAGGUGAUGAGUGUCCAUUUGAUCAUCAACUCUCAAAGUAUCCCUGCAAUAACUAUCUUUCAAAAGGCUUCUGCCCACGUGGUUCAGACUGUAUGUUCUCUCAUGAGGCACAACCAAGUGAAGCCUCCUUAAACGAGUCAACUUCUGAACAAAAGCCGAGUUCCAAAUUACAAAUUAACAAUCAUACAGCUUCUUCACCAAAACCAUCUGUUCAAAUUCAACCACCAAAAGGUGUAACUUUUAUUUCACGUGAAAAAAUCGACACAAAACCAAAAUCGUCUCCUCAACCACCGAAAGGUAUAAGUUUUUUAUCGCAAGAAAAGUUACCACUAGAAACCCAAUCGCCUCCUAAGGUAAAUUCCGAACGUGAAAUGACCAAAACGCCCCCGGAAAUUCCCCGGGGAAUAAACUUUUUGUCGUUUGGUAAAAAACAUUCCGACGGUGGGUUUGGGUUUUCUUUCAAGAUUGGGAAGUCUCCGUUGAGCAAACCGGAGGGUAUAAUCGUAAAUGUGGAUGAUGGUGUUAAAGCUGUCACACAAAUUGACAACAAUGACAAGAUAAGGACAAAUUCAGAGCCUCCAGCUCGAAAACCGAUGCCUGUGCUGCCAUUUUUGUCAAGUACUUCGCGGAGAACACUCGAGUCAACUUUAGCUUUUGCGGCUAAGUUUGACUCCGGUGUAAAGGGAAUAUGAGAAGUUUUGACCAUGGGCGUUAUGGUAAUUUCCACCAUGUCAUUGUAGAGAGAGAUCAUUGUAUUUGUCAUCUUCACCUCCAAAUUCGGUUCGGGUUUCUAAUAUGGUGUUGUGUAAAUUAGAGUGGCUGUUGAGUGAUUUUGGUUCAUAUAUACAACAAAUGUAAGUAAGUAACAUACUAACAUAUCAUGUUUUAUUUCAAAAGAUUUUUAGAUAUGAUAGUUUCCAUGAUACCAUCAA